GGGGCAUAACCUCCGUGGGCUGCGGCUGGCCCGGGGACGCGCGGGCGGCGAGGCCGGAGCUCAGCCAGUAGAGGGCAGUCGGUUGGUGCAGUGGUCAGGGAAUUUCCUGAGCUGCCUUUAAUUACUUCAGGCGUUCUUCGAAACCUGUAGAGGGUUCUUUUCUGUCCAGAUUCACCCUCUCUGAUCGCCUGUGCUCAAAUCGGGCUGUGUGUGGAGCAGGAGCUUUGUCUAACGUGGAAUGACGGACGGUGUUGUGUUUGUCGCCCCACGCUGUUGCAUUCAGGUGCAUUAAUUCCAGCUUAAACCUCCUGCAGCACUUGAAGCCUGGUGAAACAAUCUGAUGGCAGCUCAGAUGACCAAUGCUCAUCGACGGUUCUUGCAGGUUCUGAUGUCUAAUGGGAUAACAGAAGGAUCAGAGGCCAGAAAAUUACACCAGCACUGCUGUGAAACUGAUAAAGUUUACUAUGCACACGAUAAACUGGACGAUUUCAUCAGCACUAUUAAUACCAACCUGCAGCCUUUGUUUAUGCAGAUCCGGAAAGGAAUAUCGGAAGACAAUGGGAGAGCACAUUAUGCUGUAGUGAAUUUGGCGGAAACUGAAGUAACUAAAAUGGCAUCUGACUAUACAGAAAUUGAAUUGGAAUUGUUCAGAAAAACAAUGGACCUAAUAAUUUUAUCAGAAAAUGGCUUUGCCUCAUCUACAGACAUUUUAAAUUUGGCUGACCAACUUAAGACAAAAAAAAUGAAGAAAAAGGAAGCAGAACAAGUGCUGAAAGUUUUUGUGGAGGAUAAGUGGCUCUCUGAGAAAAAUGGAGAAUAUACUCUGCAUACUCGUUGCAUAAUUGAGAUGGAACAGUACAUUCUCAGCAACUACCAGGAUGUGGCAAGGAAAUGUAACAUCUGUCACAGCCUCGCCAUCCAGAGCCAAGUAUGUGAAUCCUGUGGAAUUGGAAUGCACUUACCUUGUGUCAGAAAGUACUUCAGAGGCCAGACUGAACCCCGCUGUCCCGGGUGUAAUGAAUUCUGGUCUUGUGACACCCCAGGUGUGGAUCGGAUGGGCUCCUAGACUUACCACAGAGCUCCACUCUUGGCCCUAGAUGAUGCCAGUAAGACUUGAUGUCAGUGACAUCUGUUUGCCACCACUCUGGCAGAACAGCCAGACUGUAUUGUAUUCAUUAGUAACAGUGCUCAGUGUACUCGUUUUCUAAAGUUCUAAGAAACUUAAAAUAAAAACAUAAUUGAUGUUCCUGUU